GGGGUGCCUGCGGCAGGCUGAAGGCUGACGUGUCUGCCGUUUCCCUGUGUCGGGGCGAGCGGAGCAGUGAUGGCGGACGCCUGGGAGGAGAUCCGGCGGCUGGCGGCUGACUUCCAGCGGGCGCAGUUUGCAGAGUCCACGCAAAGGUUGUCAGAGCGGAACUGCAUUGAGAUUGUGAAUAAAUUGAUCUCUCAGAAACAGCUGGAAGUAGUCCAUACACUUGACGGCAAGGAAUAUAUCACUCCAGCCCAAAUCAGUAAAGAAAUGAGAGACGAGCUACAUGUCCGAGGUGGUCGAGUAAACAUUGUUGACUUACAACAGGUUAUUAAUGUGGACCUGACUCAUAUCGAGAGUAGAGUCAGUGAUAUUAUUAAAUCAGAGAAGCACGUGCAGAUGGUACUGGGACAACUGAUUGAUGAGAACUAUCUGGAUCAGUUAUCAGAAGAGGUGAAUGAUAAAUUGCAAGAAAGUGGUCAAGUAACUGUCUCAGAACUGUGUAAAGCCUAUGACCUUCCUGGGGAUUUUCUGACACAGGCAUUAACUCAGCGACUUGGCCGGAUUAUCAAUGGCCAUCUGGACCUUGAUAACAGAGGAGUGAUUUUCACUGAGGCCUUUGUAGCUCGCCAUAAAGCACGUAUCCGCGGACUCUUCAGUGCCAUUACACGGCCUACACCAGUGAACUCUUUGGUUUCAAAAUAUGGAUUUCAGGAACAGCUCCUUUACUCUGUGCUCGAGGACCUCGUCAGCACUGGCCGCUUACGAGGCACCGUGGUCGGCGGGCGACAGGAUAAAGCAGUCUUUGUCCCUGACAUCUACUCCAGGACACAGAGUACUUGGGUGGACUCCUUUUUCAGGCAGAAUGGCUAUCUAGAAUUUGACGCUUUAUCCAGACUUGGAAUCCCAGAUGCUGUGAACUAUAUAAAGAAAAGGUAUAAGAAUACCCAACUCUUGUUUUUGAAGGCAACUUGUGUUGGCCAAGGACUCGUAGACCAGGUGGAAGCAUCCGUAGAGGAAGCCAUCAGCUCAGGGACCUGGGUUGACAUUUCGCCUCUGCUACCCAGUUCCUUGUCAGUUGAAGAUGCUGCUAUGCUGCUCCAGCAGGUGAUGAGACCAUUCGGCAAGCUCGCUUCAGCUAUAGUCUUUAGUGACACGGUUGUGGUGAGUGAAAAGUUCAUAACUGACUGCACAGGACUGUUCAGCGAACGGAUGCACCAAAAAGCUGAGAAGGAAAUGAAAAAUAAUCCUGUGCAUUUAAUCACUGAAGAAGAUCUGAAACAAAUUUCCAUUUUAGAAAGUGUUAAUACAAGUAAAAAGGAUAAAAAAGAUGAACGCAGGAAGAAAGCAACAGAGGGCUCUGGAAGUGUAAGAGGAGGAGGAGGGGGCAAUGCCAGAGAAUAUAAAAUUAAGAAAACCAAGAAGAAGGGAAGAAAAGAUGAGGACAGUGAUGAUGAGUCCCAGUCGUCGCAUGGUGGAAAGAAGAAGCCGGACAUCACAUUCAUGUUCCAGGAUGAAAUUGAAGAUUGCUUAAGGAAACACAUUCAGGAUGCCCCUGAGGAGUUUAUUUCAGAGCUUGCAGAAUACUUAAUAAAGCCUCUUAAUAAAAUGUAUCUUGAGGUAGUACGUUCAGUCUUCAUGUCUUCAACAUCUGCUUCUGGAACUGGCAGAAAACGCACAAUCAAGGACUUACAAGAAGAGGUUUCAAACCUAUACAAUAAUAUCAGAUUAUUUGAAAAGGGAAUGAAAUAUUUUGCAGAUGACACACAGACUGCUCUUACCAAGCACUUGCUGAAGACAGUGUGUACCGAUAUCACUAACCUCAUGUUCAACUUCCUAGCCUCAGAUUUCCUCAUGGCAGUGGAGGAGCCUGCAGCCAUUACAAGUGAUAUAAGAAAAAAAAUUUUAAGCAAAUUGACAGAAGAAACCAAAGUAGCUCUCACAAAACUCCAUAACUCUCUCAAUGAAAAAAGCAUAGAAGACUUCCUGUCUUGCCUGGAUUCUGCCACAGAAGCGUGUGACAUUAUGGUGAAAAAGGGAGACAAGAAAAGGGAAAGACAAAUCCUCUUCCAGCAUCGACAGGCUCUGUGUGAGCAGCUGAAGGUCACAGAAGACCCUGCUCUGAUUUUACACCUCACAGCAGUCCUGUUAUUUCAGCUCUCAACCCACAGCAUGCUCCACGCACCUGGAAGGUGUGUCCCACAGAUCAUCGCGUUUCUUCACAGCAAAAUCCCAGAGGAUCAACAUACUCUCUUGGUAAAAUAUCAAGGUUUGGUUGUGAAACAGUUAGUCAGUCAAAAUAAGAAGACUGGGCAGGGAGAGGAUCCGUCAAGCGAUGAAUUAGACAAGGAACAACAUGAUGUCACAAACGCUACUCGGAAAGAGCUUCAGGAACUGUCAUUAUCCAUUAAGGACCUUGUUCUCAAGUCCAGGAAAUCAUCUGUCACAGAGGAGUAAUGCCCCUAACUGACUUUUGUUACAUAGUAUUUUCCCCAAAGUAGGUGAGUGAUCACAAAAUGAGUCACUCAGCACACCUACUCCCCCUCCAACCCGCCCCACACAAGUCAAAUAAAGUAGUGGUGUGGUAAUAGAUGCAGACUUUAUGGGAAGCUUUACUGCUGAGUUCUCCGUGAAACGUUUUCUUUUCAUAUAAUCCGAUGUGUAAUUUUUUAUGUAAUAAAAUUUCUUCAAAGAGUUCUGAAUCUAGAACAUAUUAUAUGCUUUAAUGUUCUUCCAGAUGUUAAAAUGAAAAAUAAAAUAGAAUACUUUUUAUCUCUAGGAAAGGACUUGUUUGUUAUUUAAUUUAUAUGGUAUAUUUUUUACAAGGAAAAAUGUUUAUAUGUCUGAAAUAAAAAAAAAGGAAUCAGCUUUACUUUUAAAUUUAUAGUGAAUGCUUUAGAAGUAGAAAUUUUCAAAUAUAUUUUGUAUUCCUAAGUUCUGGCUCUUGCUUUUAACAGCUAGAAGGAAGGCCUCCUGCAUGAACAUCUCCAGAGGCCUCAGAAGUGAUUUAACAAGUGAGAACACUGAAGAAGCAAGCAUUGCUGUGUUCGAAUAAAGCAAGCCACAGGGUACCGUGAGGGAAAGCGUGAGGCACGCCGCAGAACAGUGCAAACCAUGUGUCUGUCUGAGGGGCUAAAGGCACAGAGAUGCUUCUGUCAUUAGCCCAGUUUAGAGUUCUAAGGUUUAGUUGUUUGAUUUCCGUGGCUGUUUUUACCCUUAGUUCUUUGUUGGAAAUUGUAUGACAGGUAGCUAGGCUGUUCUAAUGAACACAGAAUCUGUGGGUGUUUAAACUGUGCAGAAAUUAUAUUCUAAAAGUAGACGUGUUUAAAAGUUGAAUUUUUGUUUUCUAUGAUUAUUAGGUAAGACAUACUAAAACAGUUCCUUGGAACAAUAAUUUAAAGCAAGUUAUAAGCAACAUCCUAUUGUCAAAAUUUUAGUUUUUCUGAAUGUAAUAAAAUUAAAACCCAGAUGUUUAAGGAAUGCUAUUUUAUAUAAUGUCAAUGGAAUUUUUAUAUUUUAAAAUGUUUAAAUAUAUAAAUAACACUACCUCUUUUCUGAAAUGGCAAAGUGUUAAUAAUACUGCAUAGAAGUCCUUAAUUAUUAAUUAAAAAUUUUAUUAAAGUUGAUGAUAGAGAUUUAUAGAAAACAUUAAGGGGCUGUAGAGGUGGCUCAGUGGGUGCUGCUGUUGUUGUUGUUGCUGUUGUUGUUGUUGUUGUUGUUGCUGUUGUUGUUGUUGUUGAUGGUGAUGAUUUGCAGCAUCACAUGGAUGCUUUGUAUCUCCAGUCCCAGGAAAGCCAAUGCUUUCUGGCCACUCCGGGCACUAAGCAUACACAAGAUGUAUAGGCGCACAUGCAGGCAAAACACCCAUACACAUAAAAGAAUAUAAAUGAUUUCACAUGGGUAAUUUUUAUUGUAUAUUUUCAUAUAACCAAAGGAAGAAAAGUAAUAAAUUCUAUGACUCCAAAACUACUUUAUUUUCGUAUUCAGCUUCCAAAUUAGUACCCAACCUAUUCAACUUUUGUUUAAUAACAUGUUUCAAAAAAUACAAAAGUGAUCCAUAUUUGCUUCAUACUCUACAAUUAAAGUAAACACAAGAGAUGAUCACAUAAACUCAGUUUAAUUACAAAACUAAAGUAGGAAAAUGUAAAGCUGUGUUAAUCUUACUUGCAUUUAUUUCAUUUGUCCAAACAGUUUCUAUUUUUCCUUCAUAAAAAAACAUGUUUAUAAAUUAUACAGCUGAUUUUGUCUCUAUAGAUUUAAUUUCUGAUAUUUUUUAAUGGACUGAGUUAAGAACAUUAUUUAAAAUAAAGUUGUCUAUUCUAUUACAUUUUAUGUUAUACAGUCUAUGUAAUGCUUAUAUUUUAAAUUAUUCUGAUUGUUAAUGGAGAUGACAUUUCUUAUUACACAAAAAUAACUUCCUUGUAUGUUCUAUUGCUUGAAUGUUUGCCAUUAUCUUACUAAAUCAUUUCUCAGCCAGAUUUCAGCAAAUCUAUAAUGUUGUUAGGUCUGUUAACUGUUGCCAUUAUAGGAGAGAUCUGGGAAAACACGCCCCGGUUUCCAUCUUUACACUGUUAUAAAGGAAACCCACUCUGACCACCUACAACAGCGGUUCUCAACUUGUGGGUUGUGCCUGACCCCUCGUUAGUUGUCAAAGGACCCUUUCGUGGGGGUUGCCCAGUGCCAUGGAAAAAACAUAUAUUUACAUUUUGAUUCAUGAAAGUAGCAAACUUACAGUUAUGAAGUAACAAUAAAAUAAUUUCAUGGCUGGGAGUCAAUACAACUUCAUGGCUGGGGGUCAAUACAACAUCAACUAUAUUAAAGGGUCACAGCAUUAGGAAAGUUGAGAACCACUGCCCUAGAAGAUAGAAUCUCACUGUGCUUUGAGCAAAGACCAUAAUGCUAUAGAAUAGUAAUAAAAAGUGUAUAACACUCUGUGUAGGGCUACCCUGGACAUGUUAGAGAAGCUUUUUACCCAGAUAAUGAACAAGGUCAAAGUUUACCAAUGAACAAUCAUUGGUUUUGUCGAAAUGUCAUCAACCACGGGCAUAAAUGUUUUAUUGUUGCCUUUCUAUCAAAAACUACUUAUGAUAAAUUGGAUGAAAGGAGAGUGGAGAGGAAACUUUAUUUUCUUUAAAUUCUAUGAAGUCUUUACCUCAGUAGACCUGAGAGAGAAGGUAAAAAUACACAUUGAAAACUCUGGGAUGAUAUUCCACACGCAUUUUGAUUCAUUACUAUUGACAGGAUUGUUUUUUAACGAAAAAACAAUGUUUAACUAUUAAAAAAAUUAAAAUAAUAAGUAGCCUUAAAAAGGGUUAGACAUAUUGUUCUACUUUUAUGUACAUUUAACAAAUGAGAAAAGAGAUAGGAGAGUCGUAUACAUUCACUAAGAACCCUGACUUACAGGUGUUCAGAAAACAGUUGCACGACACACAAAAGGAGGAGGAACAUUUAGUUAAGUAUGAUUCAUGUUCACAGUCUAGUACACAAGAGAGAAAUCCUUUGUCUGCCUCAGCCAGCCAGCCAAAAGUACAAAAGUUAGUUCAUCUUUUAUGCUUCAAUGGGAGGAAGUAAAAUUAUUUCCUUUCUGAGCCUUUAGGCCUUUAACUUAAUUAGACCUCAAGAUUCGACAAGCAACUGAAGGCAUAAUGAAAGGUUGGCACAAAAAAUGCAUACCUGUAACCUCCUGUGGGUUACAAGAUCAAAGCCAGCCUUAGCCACAUGGUAGAUGUCUCAGAAAAUGCAGUUGUUCAUGUAGUAUUAAAAUGUAAAUGAAAUUAA